AAAAAUGAUCCCCACCAUUCAGUUAAAAACAUCUACCGAUCUCUUUCCUUCGUAUUUUCUCUUUCCCAUUUCUUCCCGUCUUCUUUCUGCAUCCGAUCUUUUUCCUUCCUCCAGUGCAACUUUUCUCCACCGAUAUGUUGCUUCAACUGUUCACUUUCAACCAUAGGCUCCUAAUUCGAGUGCUGUUGUAGCAUAUCCGCUGUCCACAAAUCACAAUGAAACCUAGGCAGAUUAAUCAAGGCUCGAUAGAAUUUUGCUGCAAGGGGAUGAAGGAGAAGCAUGUGGUUGGCGGACCGAAACAUCAUCGCCACAUCCGCCGGCGCCACCAACACGUUCGACGCCAAGGUUAUCUGAAGUUGUCAAAACUUGGGCGGUUGGAAAGCUUAGAUAGAACAAUCUGGAGAAGCCCAUUGAAGAUGGCUGCUAGGGUCGAAGGCAUUCAUACUUUUAGACGACUUUGUUUCUUACCAGUGGAGGCAGCUGGUGGUUCAAAAUUGAAGCUAUUUCAUAUUCACCAACGACUUCAUUUCUUACCGACUGUGGCGGCUCUUAUUCAACAUCAAAGGCAUUCCAAAUUUACCAAAAUCAGAGUUAAGGUUAAAUGUCAUUUCCACUCAUGCAUAUAUGCAGGUUGAAUUAUUUGUAUCUCUUCUUCAACAUCUAUGACUAUUUUUAUGAUAUCUUAAAUUUACUUUAAUAAUAAUAUGGUAAAGGGAUUUUCCUGUAAUUCUUCUUUCUUUUACGUCUAGGAGUCUUGCAAUCCAACAGAAUGAUUUGGACUAUUUGACCCUACUUAAAGAAGAAAAAUUGUUUAUGACAAGUUUUUCUGCAACUCUUCUUCCUUUUUUGUCUCUCAAAUGAAUUUAGUUGUUUGUAACCGUAAACAAACAUUAGUACUUCUUGCUUCAUAAAUGUAGUGCAAUAAUGUCAAGGGAAAUCAGGUAGUUUUUUUUUACUUAUCUAACCUCCUAUAAGGUUUUGUUUUUUUGUAACCAAGGAUAGCGUUUUUACAAGAAUUAUGCAGAAAAAUAAACUACUAAGUAGUAUCUAUAGUGUUAUUCAAAAUAUGGACAGCGUUUUUCACAAGAUGGAGUAUCUGCUCAAAUGUUUUACAAAACAAUUAUUGAAUUAGAUUCUUGAUAGCUUUAACACUAACUGAUCAAUUCUUAUCCAAAGAACCAAAACAAACCAGAUAACAAUAUAAGACAUUUGUGUCACUUUACCUUCUUUCAAAAAUUCAAUCUUCUUUAAUCUUUACUUAUCGUUUAAUUGAAAUUUCAAUCCUUGUGUGCCACAACCACCUUUGUAUUGCUAUUUUCAAUUUCAAUUAAUCCAACCUCCUACAAUUUUGCUUCUUCCUCACUUUUGCAAAUUAAAGCCAUCUCGAAUCCUCCACCUGGAAUUCAUACCAAAAUGCGUUCCUCCACUCAAUACUUCCUUCUACAACAACGCCCUAUUUACAACAACGUCCUAUUUACAACAACGUCCUAUUGCUGAAUACAUGGUUAGUAAGCCAAUCUAAAUCAAAAUUUUCAAAUGUAAUAUUGUACUAUGGUUCUUUAUCAUAAGGCUAAAUUUAGUUUAUUCUUUUUUCAAUUUGUUUACUAACUCCUACUCUUUACUUUUUCAUUUUGAAUCCCUAAAUUCUUCAGUGAUAUUAAUCUAAAUCUCCCUUUUUUAAAUAUGUGCAAUAUAUAAAAGAUGAUCUUUUUUCAUUUCUGCAUCAUAGGAAAGAUAUUUGUGUAUAUUUCUUUUAUUACUGCAUAGUUUGAUCAGUGUUAUACCUGCAUAUUUCCUUUCCACUUUGAGUCUCUAGCAUCCUAAUAUGGGGAGCUAGAUAAACACAUAAGACAUAACACAUAGUGUGGGAUUAUUUGUAAGAAAAGAAAUAAUUCUAUCUACAUCAGCUACUUAUGCGAGGAUGCCACCUAGAUUCUAUAAACAAACAUUAGUACUUCUUGCUUCAUAAAUGUAGUGCAAUAAUGUCAAGGGAAAUCAGGUAGUUUUUUUACUUAUCUAACCUCCUAUAAGGUUUUGUUUUUUUGUAACCAAGGAUAGCGUUUUUACAAGAAUUAUGCAGAAAAAUAAACUACUAAGUAGUAUCUAUAGUGUUAUUCAAAAUAUGGACAGCGUUUUUCACAAGAUGGAGUAUCUGCUCAAAUGUUUUACAAAACAAUUAUUGAAUUAGAUUCUUGAUAGCUUUAACACUAACUGAUCAAUUCUUAUCCAAAGAACCAAAACAAACCAGAUAACAAUAUAAGACAUUUGUGUCACUUUACCUUCUUUCAAAAAUUCAAUCUUCUUUAAUCUUUACUUAUCGUUUAAUUGAAAUUUCAAUCCUUGUGUGCCACAACCACCUUUGUAUUGCUAUUUUCAAUUUCAAUUAAUCCAACCUCCUACAAUUUUGCUUCUUCCUCACUUUUGCAAAUUAAAGCCAUCUCGAAUCCUCCACCUGGAAUUCAUACCAAAAUGCGUUCCUCCACUCAAUACUUCCUUCUACAACAACGCCCUAUUUACAACAACGUCCUAUUUACAACAACGUCCUAUUGCUGAAUACAUGGUUAGUAAGCCAAUCUAAAUCAAAAUUUUCAAAUGUAAUAUUGUACUAUGGUUCUUUAUCAUAAGGCUAAAUUUAGUUUAUUCUUUUUUCAAUUUGUUUACUAACUCCUACUCUUUACUUUUUCAUUUUGAAUCCCUAAAUUCUUCAGUGAUAUUAAUCUAAAUCUCCCUUUUUUAAAUAUGUGCAAUAUAUAAAAGAUGAUCUUUUUUCAUUUCUGCAUCAUAGGAAAGAUAUUUGUGUAUAUUUCUUUUAUUACUGCAUAGUUUGAUCAGUGUUAUACCUGCAUAUUUCCUUUCCACUUUGAGUCUCUAGCAUCCUAAUAUGGGGAGCUAGAUAAACACAUAAGACAUAACACAUAGUGUGGGAUUAUUUGUAAGAAAAGAAAUAAUUCUAUCUACAUCAGCUACUUAUGCGAGGAUGCCACCUAGAUUCUAUAAAUUAUAAGUAGGGAAAAUAGCACUUUUACUCCCUAAAAUAGUCAACCUAUUGAAAUGUCAGACCAUUAUUACGAAGAUGGUAAAGGUCACCCCUCAAUUGUCCAAAUUGGUGUAAAUGUGAUCCUUUUAGGGUGAAAUGUACUCGCCCACAUUGUACACAUUUCACCCCUCAAAGGACCACAUUUACAGCAAUUUGUACAAUUGAGGGAUGACACUUACAAACUUGGAAACACGGGUAUGGCAUUUCAAUACAGUGACUAUUUGAGGGACUAAAAGUGUGAUUUUCUCUUCUAAGUAUGUCCUUAGGAACUACUUACACCAGUUAUAGAUGUAUCUGAAGUAAGGAAUUUUUUUGAAGGAUUUGCCCGUCUUAGCCUUAAGAUUAUAUAAAAUCCAUAUAAGUGCAACUGUGAAUGGAAAGGCUUGUGAAUUAAAUCCCUUUUAACCGUAUUGGUGGAACUUUUAGUUUUUAGUGGAUGGAGGUAGUACUUUAGAUCAUUGCCAUAUGUAAUAUGUAUAUUGUCUCUAAAUUUGAAACAGUAGAUCACUUCAUGUUAAAACCAUCAUUAUAAAAGAACUUUCACUAUUAUAUGUAAUAAGUAUGUUGUCUCUAAAUUCUGGAAAUAAGCAUUUUCACUUUUAGGAGUAAACAUCUUGACUUAACAUGUACAUUAUAGGAUAUUAUAAACCGUUUUAGUUUACUUCUAGCUUAACUCUAUUUCCAUUAUGAGAAGGCUCUUACUUCAUACGGAGUAAUAAGUAUGACAUUCAUAAUUGCCUCGAAAUAGUCUAUUAUCUAUAACUGAGACUUUAAUAUGAUAUGCUUCCUUCUAAUUUGUUAAUAGAAGAGUGUUUGUAUGUCUAUUAAAAGAGCAUUUUUUUUUAUAAUGAGUUGUUAACCAUUAAUUGUUGGAGUACAUGUGACCCAACAGUUUGCUGCUUCAGGAACAUAUUUUCUCUUUCUUUUAUAAUAGCUUUCCAUUACCCAAAAAAUUUCAGCAUAUAUUUCAUUGUGAAGUUAUUGAAAACUUGCUUAUUGAGCCCCCAACUCCAGUUGAAUCGAACUUGGUAAGAUUUAGUACUUUUUUGAUGUUUUAGUUGAUAGAUGUUGCUUCUUAGUUUUUCAAAGUGUAGCUAUAUUGUCCAAACAUCGUACCCAACUCUAUGGGCCUAAAUUUCACGCAAAGCACAUUCUGCGAGCGAGCUUCCUACAAUGUACUUAGAGUUCAUGUGAGUGUAUCCAUUCAGUUUUACUUCUUAUGAUGUACAAUACCAAAAUCGGAGAUUAAUGUAAAGUUUUUUUUAUCAGAUAUAGUUACGUGACCAACUUAAUUGGUAUGGCAACACUGAUUUACAUAAGUGCAUAUAAGUUGAUAAACAUGAAUUAGUCAUUGUGAUGUAAUUUCAGACACCUACUAUGUGAACAAUGAGAGUGUUGGGAGUACUCCAUCCACAUCCAUUGUGUAAGCGUCUGCCCGAAGAUGAGAUUGAUAGCUCGGACUUUGUAAUUUCUCUUUUUUUUUAAAGAAAGACAGCUACAUAUUCAUUAUAUCAAACUUCAAGUUCGAAAUUACAAACAGAGGAUGACUAAACCAAACUUGACAAUUACGCAUUGAAACAGUUGUCUAGACAAAUAGUAGAAAAUUUAUGCUAUCUAAGCUAGCAACUGUGUCUCUAAGAUGAAGUUAAAGAUUUUCAUUCAGUUGUGAUACAUCUCAUUCUCAAUAUUUUGUUUUUAACCUUUCACAGUUUCACCUGGAUUUACAUAUUUUUGUUUUUCUUUUCUAAAUCAAAUGACAAGAUGAAGUUAUGAAAUAGAUAAGUAUGUUUAUGAUAAUUCUAAACAUUGUGCAGUGUCCUGACUUUCUGAGUUAUAUUAUUAGAUAACCAUGACUUUCUGAGGUAUAUUAUUGGAAAACCAUUUCAUGUGAACAAAUAUAGUAUGAUACUGAUAUUAAGUUGUGUUGCUGGAUUCAAAUUUGUGCUGUCAAGGAAUAUCUAACACUUAUCCCUUAAAUGUUUUAAUGCACUUUUGAUAGAUACUACAUCCAAUAAAAGUAAUUAAAACAACUCAAUUGUGUUAAGUCCAAUCAAUUUAAUGUUAGAAUUCAAAUUAAACUAAUUCAAAUAAAUCAGAGUAAUAUAUAUUGAAUCUACGUAUAACUUACUUAGUAGUUUGUUGCAGGAGAUUCACUCUCCAGAACUCCUUAAUUGAAUCGGAUGUUCAAAUUAAAAGUGGGUGCACUAGGGCUGCACAAGAAUAACCCGAACCCGCAUAACCCGUCCGAUCCAACCCUACUUGGCCAUUUUUAAUCGGGUAUUUAAUUUUAAAAAAUAUUCAUGGGUUAAAUAUGUACGAACCCGCACCUAAUGGGUAGGGUUGCGGUAUUAUAAUCUCAAAUCCGAUGGUAGCUAACCCGGCCGAAAGUUCGAUUUACUAUUAUUAUGCUACAAUGUAUUAGAAUAAUUUCUAUUUAAGACCGAUGCAUUCUGUCUAAGACUUUAUGAUAUUGACAUUAUUAACAGUUAUCAUUUUGACUAGGAGAUUAUUAUAUACUUCCUCAUUUUUUUAAAAUGAAACAAUCCACUUUUCACAUUUGUCAAUACAAAAGUUUGACAAUUAUUAUCUUUCAUUCCUCAUUAGUAAAAAAAAUUAAAAAAUUAGAUUUUGAAAAUUUGAAAUGUGAAGAAUUUAAUAAUAUUUUUUUUAAUUUCAUUUAUAAUACAUUAUUAAAUAAAAUAGAGUCAAGGUAGAACAUGUGAAUAGUGGAAAAAAAUCUAAUGUUGCAUUUAAAAAAGAACGGAAGUAGUAUAUAUGUUUGCUUCUAAAAUAAUUUCCUUUACGCAAGAAUGUUUUGAUGUCAUUGCCCAAAGAUUACUCUUAUAAAAAGUACUUGUAUUUGUUUGUGUAUUUUGAAAACAAGUUAACCGAGAAUAAUAUUGCAUGCAUUAGUUGCCCAUACUAAAGAUCCAACCCAAGUAUAUAUAUUUUUUCAAAACCCGACCCGUUCGUGUAUGGUUUACCAACUUACGAUAGUAUAUUGCAUACCGUGAGUUGGUAAAUAGUCAACCUGAAUAAAUUGGGGAGACCUAAAAAAUAUAGCAAACCCGACUCAACCCGCCCCAUGUGCAACCCUAGGGUGCACUUAUGGUGCUUAUGAGGAAUUUAGGUCAAUCAUCCAACUUGUGCAAUAGUACUUGGUUUUAGUGGCGUGACAUGACCAGAGCCGGCCAUAAGGCCAUUUCACCUAGGCACUUGCCUAGGGCCUCACUUUAUAUUGGGGCCUCAAAACAAAAAUUAAUUAAGUUAUGGAGUAAGUUUUAAAUUUAGUUGUUCGGAAUUGGUUCUGGAGUUUGACGAAGAACUUUUUGGCCUAACCUAAACUUUUUCACCUUAUUUAAUGAAUUGAUAGUGCGGCCUGCGUUUGAGGCUUACUGUCCACAAGCCGCAUAUGGAGUAUUAUCUUUUAUCAUUAUAUGCUCCUUUUUUAUUGAACUGAUAACAUUUUUUGAAAGUUUUUGGUUAAUAACUAAAACAAUAAUUGAAAUUGGGCGUUUAGUUAGUUAGCUAGCUACUACAGAGUAAUAUUUUAUAAUUGCAAUUGGAAUUGUUAUUUUUUAUUUUUUGUUAAUGGUUUUUCUAUUAAUUAUUAUCUUUUUUUCCCUUUUUAAUUAUUAUCUAUAAAUAUGCUAAAUAUGUAGGAAUAUAUAAAGAAAAUUGUUGAAAAGAGAAACAAUAAAUUUUUUCUCAUUAAUAUAUAAAGAGAAACAAUAAGUUGAAAAGAGAUGUGGUUAUUAAAUUGCUUGCUGACUCUAUUGAUCGAUUGUAUAGACAAUUUUUUCUUCUGAAAAUUGUUGGCAAUGACAAUGCUGAUGUUGAAUUACUAUUUUAUCUUAUUUUUAUGAGUAUGUGUUAUAUAAAUCACAUUAAUAUGAUAUGUAUCAAAAUAAGUAUCACACUUUCUUUUUUGGAUUGUUUAAAAUAAGUGUCAAACUUCUAUUUUUGAAAAAAAAAUCAUCCCAAAAGCCUUUUUAAUAAAAUAAAACAGUAGUAGUCAACUAUAGUACCUAAAAACUCUUAAUUUUAAAUUAUGGAAAAAACAUACUCGGUCACAUAUUAUGAUACGAAGGUGGUACUAAACGUUUUUCGCCUUGGGCCUCCAAACUGCUGGAGCCGGCCCUGGACAUGACAAACAUAUUAUUGAGGCUCAAAUGUUGUUAGGUUCAACAGUGGUAAAAAACAUUUCAUCCCAGAUUUUCCUUGACUGCUUUUGACGUGAGAUUGACUCACCUUCCAAGUUCCAAUGCAAGAAAUUCCUCCUAAUGGUUAGCUAUGUGAUGAUGAUCAAUAAGAGUCAGGGUCAGUCAUUUUAAAAUGUGGAAAUAUUCUUACGACAAUGGGUUUUAGUCAUGGGGUAGCAUUACGUCAUUGUAUCUAGACACAAGAUGACUAAAAAUUUCUUCCAUGUGACGAUAGCGGUAAUCAUUCAAUUUUCACAUUAAAGGUGAUUUAAAGAGGUUUUACCGAUUUGUAAUGUUACAUUUUAUCUUAAAAUGAGAACUUUAUAAUUCAAAGGGCAAAUUUUAUGCAUUCAUAUCAAAAUGUAAUUAAAUUACUACCACACAAAAUAAUUUUACACCCGUGCAACGCACGGGUGAAAAAACCAGUAUAAAUUUGAAAGUAAGUGAGGAAAUAAAAAAUUAUUGGGGGCACACUGGAUUUUCUAUUGGGGGCACACUAGUUUUUCUAUUGGGAAUAUUAAUAAAAAUCAUGAAAUGUUUAAGCUAAAGUCCAAAUUUAUUGGGGGCAUGUGCCCCCAUUCCAAAUUUAUUGGUCGCUGGUUUUUUGAAGGAAAAAUUCCCGGGAUAUGACUAAAACAAAGUGAGUUUCUCGAAAUGUGACUAGUUAUGUUUUUUUCUCGAAAUAUGACCAAAAAUCGAAAAAAAAAAGAAUUUUUCGUUAUAUUAAAUUGUGGAAGGCCAAAAAUACCCUUUUUUUAAAAAAUAUGCAUUUUACACUAAUUUCGUCCGGGUAAAAAUAUUGCACUUCAUGAAGGCGUUAUUGCACUACAUUUAUUGCACUUUAUGGCGGUAUUCACUGCACGACAUAACAUUACAUAAAAUGAAUUUAGCGUUUUUUAGAUUUCAUAACUUUAGUUCUUACAUUUGGUUAAAUAUUACAAAUGAUGCUAUGAAUUUAUAGAUAUUUUUUCAUGUCAUUUUUAGUGCACUUCUUUUCAUGUCAUUACACUUUUUACAUUAUUGCGCUUCUUGCCAUAUCAUUGCACGUUUUGUCAUAACUCAUUGCGCUUCUUGUGAUGUUCAUGGCAUUAAAUAUAAAUUAUUCAUUGCACACUUAUUUCAUCGUCUUCAACCUAGGUUCGUCUUCAACCUCGGUUCGCCAUCAACCUUGGCCGCCUUGACUGAAGAAUCUGAGUUGUAGGAGCGGCAGAGGGGCGCAGCUGAGCGGCAGUGAUUUGGAUCGAGUGCAAUCGUGCGGUUGGACGGCGACGAGGACGGCGACGCUCAGGGCUUGGAACGAUGUUGACGACCAUGAAUUGGGAUGGAGGCGGCGCCCAUGGAUCGGGACGACAGCGGCGCGCAGGUGUAGUGAUGGCGGUGGUGUACUGGCGUGAUCGGUUGGCGGCGACGGUGGCGAACAAGGGUGGAACUAGAGAUGGACUGGUGGUCGGUGGACGGUGGCCGUGAAACCUGCGAGUAGAUGGACUGGUGGCGGCGGCGGCCAUGCUAUUGGACGGCGGCGGACAGUGAGCCGGCGGCAGCGAGGCGUGCGGGGAGCGCAGGAAGCCAGAGAUCUUUUGCGUCUAGUUGCUAGGGUUGGAGAAAAAGGGUUGCUGAGGCGUAGUUCGCCGAUCGUGGACGGUGGCCGGCACUGGUGCGGAUAGAUAUUUUUCAGGUGCAAUGAACAGGGACUGACUGGUUGAUGAAGUUGUUCCAUCGGCGAAUACCUCAGCUCUCGGAUUACUUUAUAAGUUCAGCAUCGUCAUUCAUUUCAUGCAAGUGGUAGUUACAUCUCGCCACGGAUUCCGUAAAAAGUUAGUGCCCAAUGUGAAUGGCUCUAAUCUCUCACUUGAUUUCCACCACGGAUUCAUUCACCUCCAUAAUAACUACCACUCUGGAUAUUUGCAUGCAAAUCUCUACAUUCAUCAUGCUCUGUCUAUUGUUAACACAUUUCCGAUUUGCUUACGUAUUGUGGCACUGACUUCAUUCACAUUUCUACAUACAGUGUCUCUAUCGCCUAAAUGUAUCUAAAUGGGAGAGAACCCAUUUAUUCUUAACCUUUAUUCUUAACACUUUUGGACAGUAUUCGUUGGAUUCUUUUGUCUUUCGUAAUCUCUGUUUUUUUCAUUCUAAAUGGGUAUUGUUUCCAUAUUUUGGCACUAACUUCACCCAGUUUCUUUCACAUUUUCACCAAUUAAGGAAAAGUGUUCUCUAUAGGCAUAAUAUAAAUUAUUGAACCGCUUAACAAGUGUUCCACAUUCACAUUGAAAGAGGCCGUGAAUAUACCCGAUCUUGUCUUUGGAGUUCUUUAUUUCCUUGUUAUAAUUCUUUCCUUGUUUGUGUUCUUUGUAAAACUGGGUUGCUACAAUGAGUAAGGAUGAAGGGGAAGAUAAUAAUGCACUUCGUAGCGACAUUUCAGUUCGUAGUGACAUUUCAGGGAACUCGGGUAGGCGGUCGGAUGGUUUGCCUUAUGUUCACAAGGUGGGAGUGCCUCCUAAGGAGAGCUUGUUCAGGGCAUUCAAAACCAAUGUUAAGGAAACCUUCUUCCAUGAUGAUCUUUUGCGCCCAUUUAAGGAUCAACCCUGGAUGAAAAAGUUUGUUUUGGGAAUCCAAGCUGUGUUCCCCAUUAUUGAAUGGGGCAGAUCGUAUGACCUUUCCAAGCUUAAAGGCGAUCUCAUUGCUGGACUUACCAUCGCUAGCCUUUGCAUUCCUCAGAUAGUAGCUUUGUUCCCCCUUUAAUCUAUGCAUUCAUGGGUAGCUCAAGAGAUAUUGCCAUAGGGCCUGUGGCUGUGGUGUCUCUAUUGCUUGGAAGUAUGCUACAGGAUGAGAUUGAUCCGAUCAAGCAGAAAGUGGAAUAUCAUCGCCUUGCUUUUACUGCUACAUUCUUUGCUGGCAUUACUCAGUUUGUACUUGGUUUCUUCAGAUUGGGUUUCUUAAUUGAUUUUCUGUCUCAUGCUACUAUUGUUGGCUUCAUGGCUGGGGCAGCCAUAACCAUUGCCCUUCAACAGCUCAAAGGUCUUCUCGGAAUAAACAAAUUUACCAAGAAAACUGAUAUAAUAUCUGUGAUGCAAUCGGUGUGGGGAUCAGUUCAUCAUGGGUGGAAUUGGCAGACUAUUGUAAUAGGAGUCACUUUCUUGGCCUUCCUUCUCACUGCCAAGCACAUCGGAAAGAACAAAAAGUAUUUCUGGGUUCCUGCGAUCGCACCAUUAGUUUCGGUUGUCCUCUCAACAUUCUUUGUCUAUAUCACACAUGCCGAAAGGAAGGGUGUCCAAACUGUUAAUUAUAUAGAAAAGGGCAUCAAUCCAUCAUCUGUUAAUAUGUUGUAUUUCUCCGGUGGUUAUCUUGCCAAAGGAUUCAAAAUUGGAGUCAUUGCCGGUAUGGUAGCAUUGACAGAAGCAACAGCAAUUGGAAGAACAUUUGCAGCAAUGAAGGAUUACCAGAUAGAUGGAAACAAAGAAAUGAUAGCAUUAGGGACAAUGAACUUGGUAGGGUCACUGACGUCUUGCUUUGUAGCUACAGGUAGUAAUUUCCUUUGCCAAAAUCCUUCUCCAAGUUACAAGGCCAAGAGUUGCAAUCCUUGGUAAGAUCCCUAGGACGAGUGUUUAUAGGAACCUACAACAAUACCCUGAGGCAACAAGAAUUCCUGGCAUUCUGAUUGUUAGAGUUGAUUCUGCAAUUUACUUCUCCAACUCCAACUAUUUGAGGGACAGGAUACUAAGAUGGCUGUCUGAUGAGGAAGAUGAGCUGAAACAAAACAACAAUGCUUCAAGAAUCAAAUAUUUGAUAGUGGAAAUGUCACCUGUGACAGAUAUAGAUACUAGUGGAAUUGUUGCCUUUGAAGAAUUGUACAAGUGUCUUGAGAAGAGGGGCGUUGAGCUUGUUCUUGCAAAUCCAGGGCCACGAGUGAUGGUCAAAUUGGCUUCAUCCGGUGUUGCAAGCAUGAUUGGCCAAGACAAAAUUUUUCUCAGAGUGUCCGACGCCAUCCUAACACUUGCCCCCAACAUGGAGCCUUAAGAGCAUCGGACACUUUCUAGUCUAUUUAAAAGAUGCCACAUCAUGAAAUUAGACGUCGUGUAUGUGAUUUCCUCUCCAUUGCGGAUAGUCUGGAAUGCGUUUCUGCUGAGUUGGCAACAAAAAAACUAAACACCAUCGAGAUAAAAGCCUCAAUGUGGAAAGCCUGGAUAACUUGCUGGCUCACAAAAAUACCAUACUAUUCUUCGGAAGUUACGGAAUAACCUUCCCACUCUCAUGUUAGGAAAUUUAACUCACAAACACCAAGAACAAUUAUAAAGAACACACGAAAUUUGGUAACCCAGUUCGCCAUAGAGGACUACGUCUUGGGCGCUACCAAGUCAGGAAUGUUAUUAAUAUUUUCUGGAUGCAGAUUACAAGAGAGGAGAGUGGUAUUUAUAGAGAUGCAGUGUCUUGUUCCCAAAGCAACAUAACC